UUUAGCUUUCACGGUCACACAGGAGUAGGGAAAAAACACUUUUCCAAAAUAAUUGCCAGGAAUAUUUUUAUAAAAGGAAAAAAAAGCAAGCACGUGCAUGUGUUCAUUUCUCAUCAUCACUUCCUCCACAAGGAGAAAGGCGAAACUUACAAAACUCAGCUGAAGCAGUGGAUCCGUGGAAAUGUGUCCAGUUUUCCUCGUUCCAUGUUUAUAUUCGACGAAAUGGACAAGAUGAACCCCAGGCUCAUUGACGUGAUUAAGCCCUUUCUAGUCCACUUUUCUCACGUUGAUGGAGUUUCUUAUCGCGAGGCUAUUUUCAUUUUUCUAAGCAAUCAUGGCGGGAACGUCAUAAACAAAGUUGUUCUUGACUCCUGGGGGGAUGGUGAAGAGAGGGAACAGCUACAAAUGAACAGUCGUGACAUGGAAACGAACAUCUUCAAAGACAUCUAUUUGCCCAUACCUGGUGGGUUUUGGCACUCCAUACUGAUUGAAAGUCAUUUGAUGGACCAUUUUAUCCCUUUCCUACCUCUGGAGUCCUGGCACGUUCGUCAGUGCGUUUUAGCCGAGAUGGCUGCGCUUAACAUCAUAGCCAGUGACGAUCUGGUGGACAGAGUGUCCAGGGACUUGCCUUAUUUUCCCCCAGAGGAGAGAAUCUGUUCUGUCAAGGCUUGUGUCAAGUCUGACAAAAACUUCUUGUGUCAAGUCUAUUUUGAUUUACCACAAGCACCACAAUGCACACGUCUAGCACCUGGUGAGACAGAGGAGGAGCUGGGCCCAGAGGCACCCCGCAGAUGCCAGAGCCUCCACGUGGUGCAAACAGUCCCUUCGGUCAGGCAGUCCAAGAGGAGAAGAAUCAGGUGGCCCCAGGCCUACAAAACAGCAGAGAAGUUUGAUGAGGAGGCAGAUAAGCAACAGCCAAAGGGGAUGUGGAGAGGAGGCUGCGGACGAUGA